AUGUCGAAUUUAGACAGAAUAGACUACUACCCGGAUGAUGACCGUUUCAAAAGUUGGGCAUUCGGCGCUGGCAUUGACGCAUACGUCAUUGACACGGGAAUAAAUCCUGAUCACAGUGACUUCGAAGGAAGAGUUUUGCCAGGUUGGCACGCAAGUCGUUUUUCUGAUAGUGAGGACUCCCAAGGUCAUGGUACCCAUGUGGCCAGUAUCUUAGGAGGCGUCCUCUGUGGAACAGCCAAGGAUGUCACCCUCAUCCCCGUCAAAGUAUGCGGCACGACGGGAUGUUCAACUUCGGACAUCCUGGAAGGACUGAACUGGAUAAAGUCACGGGUUCAACAAAACAAGCGUCUGUCAGUCAUUAAUAUAUCACUCAGUGGUCCGUACUCCUCUACUUACAAUGACGGAGUGUACGCUGUAUUGGAUGCAGGCAUCCCGGUGGUAGUCAGCGCUGGAAUUGACGACAAAGGUGAUGCGUGUAAUAAAUCCCCUGCAAGCGUACAAGGAGCCCUCACUGUUGGUGCCACCCAGAGAGAUGAUUACUUGGCUUCUUUCAGUAACAUCGGAUCGUGCGUCGAUAUUUACGCUCCAGGGAAGAGCAUCAGGGGCGCCGACUACGCAAACAACAACGGUUAUAUAUCCUUCAGGGGGACGUCUACGGCGUCCCCUCACGUCGCCGGUGCAGUCGCGGGCUUGUUGCAGGUUUUGCGCGAUGCUGGGUUCUACAGCCAACCAUCUGUAAACGUUGUUGACGACGUCAACUUUUUAAUCAACAGAUUUGCAGAGAAGGGCACAGUGAAGGGACUCCCGUCUGAGGACAACAACAAUGUUAUGCUUCAGACCACCUGCCUGACUUCCUAA